AUGUCUCAACAAUCUAUUCCCCAGUCUUCAUCAAAAAUGUCCACUUCUGUUGCUCGUGAACAAGACGCUCCUAAUGCUCCCAUUAACCCUAGUGAGAUUCUUGAAGUCACUCCUUUGCAGAUGGUAACUCCUUUCGAUCUCGUGACAAAACGACCCAGAACAAUGCAUGCACGGAGAACCAAAGAGACUGCAAGAAGACCUAGAAAUCCCAACUCUGGUCAGAUUUCUCAAUCGUCUGUCCUUUCCUCUAGGGAAGAAUCAACCAAAGAAGGCUCAAGGUCUAAUCACAUCGCUAUUGUCAAAAUUGUUACUCAAGUCCUAAAUGAGAAUAAUGCUACAUCCAGGAUCCCUGAUCCUGUGAAUCCUGUGCUUCCUGAGUUAAAUGUCAUUGGGCAUGUUAGUGACACUGCUGGCACCUAUGUCCCAACAAAUAUUGAUAAAGAUGCAAAUGCUAAUGAAGGGAUUGAUGAAAUGAAUGAGAAUGUACAUAUGAGUGAAAAUGAAAGAAAUGAUGAAGUAAAAGUCACUGUUGGUCAGGAUGAUGUUAGUAUUGAUCACAUUGAAAUUCCUAAUGGUGUUGAGCAUAAUAAAGAGACCCCUAACAAUGGUUUUGCUAACACGUGUGUAAACCACACUAAAGAAGGCCAAACUAAAGAAAAAGAACCAGAGAAGACUCAGACUGAUAAAGUAAACAGCCUUGAUGAUCUCUCUGAUGAUGACCUAGUUGCUUCCAUCAAUCCAAGCAUAGCCAGAAGGCUAAAUAGGAGGAAAGGAAAGCAAGAUGUAGCUGAGGACUCUCAAAAGAAGAGGGCAGUGGCUAAGUCCGUUUCUGUUGGACCAAAGAAGCCAUGGAGCAAAGUGGUGCCUAAGAAAAGAAAGGCCAGAAGCAGUUCUGAGAAUGAGUCAGAUUCUGAUGUUGCUGCGGAUGUCAAUGACAUUCAUCCCAAGAAGAAGGUCUCUACUAGCAAGCUGGCUGCUAGUGUUCCUGAAGUACCUAUUGAUAACAUUUCCUUUCAUUAUCCUUCCAGUGUUCUCACAUGGAAAUUUUUCUAUCAGAAAAGACUGGCCUUAGAGAGAGAACUUGCUCAGAAUGCUCUUGAGUAUGAAGAGAUUAUGAAUCUUAUUCAUGAGGCUGGUCUAAUGAAGACUGUGACUCAACUCUCUAAAUGUUAUGAAGUCCUGGUGAAGGAGUUCAUUGUGAAUCUUCAUGAAGACUGUGGCAAUAAGGAAACUGAGGAGUAUUUAAGUGUUUGCCAGAGGAAAAUGUAUUAA